AAGGACCUAUCAUUCCAGGUAGCUUUAAGUUGCAGUACAAGAAUUUCCAUUUGUUAAUGUUAACAAGUUAAGACAACUUAGAUCCUCCUUUCCCACCUUGGUGCUUUCCAAAUGUGUUGGGCUACCUACAACUGCUCUUAUUAUCCCCAACCAACAUGGUAAUUGGAGUUCAAGACGGCUGAAGAACACCGGCUGGGGAAAAAGUGACUUGCGAGACCGAAAGAAGCUGUCAAGGCAGCAGUCACACAAAUUCCCGUAUGGAAUAAAUCAUAUCGAAUACGGCAGGUUUGCCUUCUGUGUAAACGGUAUUUCGGAUUUGUCUUCCGCCACACGAAAAGAUGAAUUGCACGUCCGUUGCCGGGCAGCGCCCUCGGUUUCUGCAGCCGAAGCCAUCCCGUGGAGCUUUCCUGGCCCGGCUGAGCACAGUUCUCCUUGGAUUCCUCCGAAGCAGCAGCGGCUGAAGACCCGUUUGGAGCCCAGCUCGCCCCCUCCGGGUAACGCGCAGCAGCUGCUAAGAGAUUGUGCGCUGUAUACUAUGGGAUGGGUGAGGAAGAGAACAGAUACACAUCUCAGCUCAAGGAUGUAUAUGACAGCUGUGAUACCACAGGCACUGGGUAUUUGGACAAGGAGGAGCUGACUGAGCUGUGCCACAAACUACAUCUGGAAGGACAGCUCCCCUUACUUCUGGAAACACUUUUGGGGAAUAAUCACUUUGCCAGAGUUAAUUUUGAAGAGUUUAAGGAAGGUUUUGUGACCAUACUGUCUUCAACUAUCAAUCUUGGCCUUUCAGAUGAUGAGAGCAGCUACCUGGAGCCAGUUAUUCCAGAUGAGAUUGAGCCCAAGUACAUCACUGAGGCCAAAGGGUAUGGCCGCCGGACAAGGCCAGAACUUGAAAGUGCCAAAUUGGAAACCCCCAAAUAUUUACAAGAGGAGCAGAGAAAGGCAAAUGUAAAAAGUCAGCUGAGGCAUUCAACUUCUUUGGAGAGUGUGGAGAGUCUCAAACCAGAUGAAGAGGCUGAAAGCUCAAAACAACAGCAGCAGCAGAUGUUUGAGGGCCAAGGUGUGGCUCGGCAAAAAAGUCAAAUGUGUACCUGUGACGAUAACCUCAUUGACAACCCUAGAGAAGUCUCCACCUUGUAUUUGAACAUGACUGAGAAUCUUGACAUUGGAAAUAAUGGAUACCUCAACAAACAAGAGCUGGCUGCUGUUUGUAAGAACAUUGGGCUCAAAGAGAUGGAAAAAGAAGAACUUGAAGAAUUAUUUUACAAGUUGGAUAGUGAUGGAGAUGGCAGAGUAAGCUUAAAGGAAUUCCAGCAUGGCUUGUUCAGCCACAUCUGCAUUCCUUGUCCUUUUUCUUCCACCCCACUUAAAUCAAAAAGGCAAAGAUCACUCUCUAACCAGAUUUUGAAAGACAAUGGACAACGAACUGCAACUUCAUCUUUUUUAGCUGGCUCAGUGGCUUUAAAUCUUUUCUCCAGCAUUGAUGAUGGCAGUGGUUUUGCAAAUGUGGAGCAAGUUGUCUCCAUUUGGGCCUGGGAAGGGGUUGAAAACUGCAAAGAGAUUUUUAAGAGUCUUGAUUUCAACAUGGAGGAGAGAGUGAACCUUGUAGAGCUCUCUGUGGUCCUUGAUGAUGAAUUAAUUGCUUCCAAGAAUGGACUUCAACAGGCAGCUGUUGCCUCUUAUAAACAUGAACUUCAUCAUCUACAAGCACAAGUGGAACGGAUUUCCUGUGAGAGAAACAAAGCAAGAACUGAGCUGGAGAAGGCGGAAAAGAGGAAUUGGGAACUUUUUAAGGAAGUGGAUGAUAACCACAGUGCCCUGGAGCAUCACAAUGAGAGUAAACUCAGAGCUCUUGAGCAAGAUUUCCAAGGGAAGCUAAUGGCUAUCAAGUCUGAAGUCAAGAUGGAAAGGGAAUUGCUCAUGCAACAAGUGCACCAUCAGAGAACCAAGUUAGAAGCAGAUCUCAGGUGUCUUAAAGAGGAGGACUCUAGCCUGAGGAAGAAGCUGACCUUGAUGAUCAAGGAAAAUAGUCGCUUACAAGAUGAAGUUGCUGAGGUGGUUCAAAAACUGACUGAAUCUGAAAAUCAAGUUCUGAAACUUCAGAGGGAUCUUAAUUUCAUGUUGAAAGACAAGCUGGGACUGCUGGAGCCAUACAGCCCAGAGAUAUUCUGUCAAGAAGAGCGUUUUGCUGAAAUCAUUCGAGAGUAUGAGCUGCAGUGUCGGGAACUGCAUGACAAGAAUGAUGAGCUGCAGAUGGAGGUGGAAAAGCUGAGAUCCCAGCUGCAUGCAAAUAAGCCUAAACUAGCAUGCUGUAAAAUGAAGACCGGCAACACUGGAGAAAGGCCCUUGCCUGGAAAUGAAAAAGGUAGAAGUAUAGACAACAUUCAAAGGGUUGAUCAUCUUAGAUACCUGCACUUACCAACCAUAGGCCAAAAUGAUGACACUUUCAUAACAUCUGAUCUGUAUUCGGUAAGUAUAGAAACAGAACUUCUGGUGGAAGAAUUAAAAGAACAGAAUCAAAAUAUGAAAACACAGCUAGAAACCAAGGUCAAAUACUAUGAGAGGGAAAUAGAACUAAUAAAAAACAAUUUUGGGAAAGAAAGGAAGGACCUUGAACAAGGUUUCAGGAUCAAGAUUAGUGAAUUGGAAGAACAGAAGAAUGCCCUGGAAGAGUUGAAUGUGAAAUACCAGGAAGUGAUUGAUGGUUUGAAAAACCAGGUUCAGAAACUAGAUCCUAUCCAAGAAAUGAACAGAUUUGAGAAGGAGAGGGCAGAAAUGGAGCAGUAUUGUGCCAAAGAAAUUUCAGACUUAAGACAGAGGCUGGCCCAGGAAAGGGAAAGAUUGGAAGAUGACUUGAAGAUCAAGCAUGAAAUGGAGAUGCAUUUUAUGAGACUGGAACUGCACAGGAUUUCAGAAGACAAUAUUCUCUUAAAAAAUAAACUUGGAAAAAGUCAACAAGAAGUAGAGGAUAUUGGUGAGACAAACAAAAAGCACAUAAAGCACAUUGAUGAAUUGAAGAUGGAAAAAGAGAAGCUAAUGUAUGAAAUAAAAGAAUUAAAUGACCUGAACAAAUGCUACAAAGAAGAAAUCCUACAGCUGAACACCAGGACUGCUCAGCUAAGCCGUGAAUUCUUUGAAUUAAGCAGCAGUAAUAAAGCCAGUCAGAAAACAAUCAAGAUACUGAAUCAGAGGUUUGUUGAAUUGGAGAGCCAGAAAGAGCAAGAAGCCAAGCAACUUCAGGAGGUCUCUGCUGAGCUGACAAAGGAGCAUUUUCAGCAGCAGUUGACAUGGCAGGGUGAGAAGGACUUACUAGAUCAAGAGCUGAAGUCAGUGAAGGAAAAGCUAUUAGAAGCCAACACAAGAUUAUGCCUAGCUGAGUCUCAGCAUGCACAGGAGCUGCAACUAUUAAAGACCCAGAUGGACAAUACCAUACCUAAGGACCAUCUUGUAGAGCUUGAAACCAGAUUGGCAGAAGAACAGAAAACAGUUAGAAAGUUGCAUGGAGAUCUGAACUUCCAGGCGGAACAGAUGAAAUGGCAACUGGCCAUUUAUCAAGAAGAAUAUGAAAACUCACGUAGAUUAAUGGAGGAGAAGUUGGGGGAAGUAGAAAUGAAUCUGAAGAAUACACAAGUGUUGCUUCAGGAAAAGAUGGCCCAAAUUAAGGAGCAAUUUGAAAAAAAUGCCAAGUCUAAUCUAUUGCUGAAGGACCUAUAUGUGGAAAAUGCACAUCUGAUGAAAAUGCUGCAGGUUACAGAACAGAUGCAGAAGAGCACAGAAAAUAGGAACUUAAUUCUAGAAGAAAAAAUUUCAUCCCUGAAUAAGCUGGUUGGAGAAAUCACAUUCGCUUCUCAAUGAAUUAGUUAUUCAUUUAAUUUAAACGAAUUAGUUCCCAGUUAAGCUGUUUUAAAUGACAAUCAGUGGUAAAGACAUUAAUUGGCCAACUUUGUUAUACAUAUUUCAGACCCAAUACAGAUAAACUCUAUUCAUUUUUCAUGGACAGCACUAUAUAUGGGAUAUCUACCACUUCAGAGUGGGGGAAAUACAAAUGCUAUCUAAAAAGAUAGGAGAGCUAGUAGGGAAAUACAUUCUUGGGAAAUUAUGAAGAGGGAGAAAGACACAGUUUACAGCAAUAAACACCCCAUUUUUUCCAAUGGAAAAGCUUAACCAUUUACUGCUUUCUGGAUAAUUUUCACAGAAACAGGAUCUUCUACACUGUACCAUUUGGGGACUGGACAAUAUUUCUUGUGAUUUCCAAUUUCUUGUCUUCCUGGUUGUCUAUACACUGGCUACUAUUGUAUGUGUGUAUAUAUAUAUAUAUAAUACACACACACAUACAUACAGUAUAUGUACAGUUUUCUGCAAGUGUAAACUAUUUACUCCUUGAAUUAUGUGCUAUAUUAUUUAAGCAGAACUGCUGUAAACAAGAACCCAGUGGACCCUUCUUCUUUUUGCUUUGGAUAAUACCUGAGAUGUUUUAAUUAAAUAUUAUUUAUACAGUUUGUCCUCACUUGAUGGAUUUUAAUUGUAUAAAUACCUUUGCUAAGCAGGCAUAUGUUCAUUUUGCUGGGGUGGCAAAAAAUAAUCAGAGAAGAUAUUCAUCCUCUGGCUUUAGUGGCCACAGCAGGUAUGUUGUGCCCUCAGUGCACUCUUCACCUCUUUAAAAGGAAUUUGCUAUGUUCUUGCUAAUAUUAGCAGCAAAAACAUAAUUUCACUGGGACACACCUUGAGGUUUCCCUUUU